GUUUCCUAGGACAGACUCAUCUUUGCGGAUACCACUGCAGAAUAGAAGACAGACUUAGGGAGACAUUUCCUCCCACACACCAUCCCAAUCCCAUUGGCCCUCUAGACAGCCAAAUUACAAGUCCUGGAACACAACCUCGUCAUUUUCAGCACUCUAGGCGUGGACAGCUCCUGCAUCUUGGGCGCUUCCUCUGCAGUGUGCCGCGCGAGAGCCACAGCGCCCGGUGCAGCACGCGACUGGACCUCUAGCGCUCCCUCCUCCCAGUCCGUACCCCUUCCCCCCUCCCUUAGCUCACUCUACCGGCCACUUUGAGGGAUUUCCUCCUGGGGCGGCCUUUGCAACAGCAACACGUCUGCCUGGUUGGCGGCAACUGCGAGCAUGGAUCUCCUAGGAAAAGCCCUUCUCAGCGGAGACAGACUUGGGAUUCUCCUGAUGCUCUUCCAUGCAAUGGCCCAAACCGUGGCAGAACAAGAAGUGGAAAAUCUUUCGGGCCUUUCCACGAGCCCUGGGAAAGACAUAUUUGUGGUGCGGGAAAAUGGGACAACGUGUCUCAUGGCAGAGUUUGCAGCCAAAUUUAUUGUACCUUAUGAUGUGUGGGCCAACAAUUACGUGGAUCUGAUCACAGAGCAGGCUGAGAUCGCCUUGACCCGGGGAGCUGAGGUGAAUGGCCGCUGUGGCCACAACGAAUCGGAGCUGCAGGUGUUCUGGGUAGAUCGUGCCUACACACUCAAAAUGCUAUUUGUAAAGGAAAGUCACAACACUUCCAAAGGAUCAGAGGCGACUUGGAGGCUGAGCAAGGUGCAGUUUGUCUAUGACACCUUAGAGAAAACUCACUUUAAAGACCCAGUGAGUGCUGGAAAGCACACGGCCAACUCUCAUCACCUCGCUGCCUUGGUAACCCCAGCUGGGAUGUCCUAUGAAUGUCAGGCUCAGCAGUCCAUUUCUCUGGCCUCCAGUGAUCCUCAGAAAACGGUCACUAUGAUUCUGUCCGCAGUACACAUCCAACCCUUUGACAUCAUCUCUGAUUUCGUCUUCAGUGAAGAGCACAAAUGCCCGGUGGAUGAGCGAGAGCAGCUGGAAGAGACCUUGCCCCUGAUUCUGGGUCUCAUCUUGGGCCUUGUCAUUGUGAUAACCCUUGUGAUUUACCACAUCCACCAUAAAAUGACUGCCAACCAAGUGCAGAUCCCCAGAGACCGAUCCCAGUAUAAGCACAUGGGCUAAGGACCAUUAGGCAGACAGCCUCCAGGUCCUGCCCCCAUACGGGAUCAAUUAGAACGACAAUGGCACUCCUCACCUGUAUACAGGAUACACCAACAUAGCUACACUCUAACAGGCUCGGGCACCUGAGUCUUGCCUGGCCUGUGUCCAUGCUUAAACCCAGGGAUUGCAGGCAGGUCUUGGGAUUUGUGAAUUGAAUGAUGGCUGUUGUUUCCAUACUGGGAAAUAAGGGUGGGUGGGUAGGGUAAUAGACAGCGUCCAUGCUCAUGAUGGCUUAGCUUUGACUCUCUGACUGUGUAAGUCUACAGCACUCAGAAAGGGAGAUGUGGCCCUUACAUUUAGAAACUGGAAAAACUUCCUUUGGGAGACUUCUCUUUGCUCCCUUGGCCUCAGCUUUCUUACUUACAUGGUUUUCUUUUCUAUCUUUUAAGCUAUCUUUUUUUAUUUAAUAUGCUGAAUAUAUUAUAUCCUGACUGCAGUUUCCCUCCCUCCUCUCCUCCCAUCCACUCCUCUACUGCUUCAGCCCUCCUUCAUAAAAGGGCAGGCCUCCCAGGGAUAUCAAAGAACAUGGUAUAUCCACUUGCAAUAAGACUAGGCAACCUUGCUCAUAUUAAAGCUGGACUAGGCAACCCAGUGGGAGGAAAAGGAUCACAAAAGCAGGCAGAAAUGUCAGAGCCAGCUCCCAACUCCCACUGUUAGGGGUUCCACGAGAAGACCAAGCUACACAGCUAUGACAUAUAUAACAUAUAUACAGAGGGCUUUGGUCAGACCCAUAAAGGCUCCCUGAUUGUUGGUUCAAACUCUGUGAGCCCCUAUGGGCCCAGGUUAGUUGUUUCUGUGGGUUUUCUUCUGGUGCCCUUGUUCCCUCUGGCUCCUACAAUCCUUCCUCUUCCUGUUCUGCAGGAUUCCACAAGCCCCACCUUACUUUUGGCUCUGGUUCUCUGCAUCUGUUUCCAUCAGUUGCUGGACGAAACCUCUCUAAUGAUGAUUAUGCUCGUCUCCUACCUAUAAGUAUAGCAGAAUAUUAUUUCAUUGACUUUUUUUUUUUGGCCCUGUCAUGUCUGGUUCUAUCCUCGGUGUCUAGGCUACCCAGGCUCUUGUUCCUGGUCCUCCAGGCAAUGUCAGGGGUGGGCUCCCUCUUGUGGCAUGGGUCUCAAGCUGGAAUGGACAUUGUUGGCCUUUAUCACAGCACUUCUUGUAGGCAGGACAAGUUGUAGGCCAAAGGUUUGGAGGCUGGUUUGGACUUACACGGUUUUCAAUGCACACAAAAUACAACCUCAUGCUCCCUGCAGCAAGACCCCUGAAAGUGAUUCAUGCUUUUGGCUGGCAUUUGCAUGUCUAGUGAUUGUUUUGGGAAUGUUUCGCUGCUACCUGCGCCCAGUGACUUUGCAGCACAAGAACCCGUUUAAUGUCACUAUGCACAGUUGUUUGGAAUUCAUAAUAUGUCAGGUCCAAGUAUGGGGACCUAAAGAAUCAGUACAUGUGAGUUUGCUUUUGAAAAUGAAUUAAAAAAACACUAUAUU